UAGCCCCGCCGAUCUGACUCAUAAUGCUCAGCUGCCACUUCCAUUUCUUGCUUCCCUCUCGGCCCAAAUCUUUCAAAGAACUAAACCCUAAUUCUGCCCUCCGCCCUCUGCCUCCGGCGGCCCUUACUCGUGCCAUCUCUAGCAACGACGCCGGUCUCAGUUUCCGCGAGAAGCUUCUCUUUAUCGAACACAACCUCGGCGUCAACUCACUCCGCGCCCUUGCAGUCAAUCCCAACCUUCGCUCCACUCCCCUUUCCUCCCUCCGCAUGCUCUCCUCCUUGCUCUCCUCCUUCGGCCUCCUUCAAUCUGACACUUCCCGCCUCCUCUGCCUCCACCCAUCCCUUCUCACCGCCGACCCCUCCACCUCGAUCCUCCCCGUCUUCCACUUCCUUCUCAACCCCGUAUCCAUCCCCUUCUCAGACCUUCGCCUCUCCAUCAAUCGCUGCCCUCGCCUUCUCCUCUCCAGUGUCCCUGACCGCCUGUUUCCUUCCCUUGAUUACCUCCGCCGUCUUGGUUUUGUCGGCCGCCACCGCAUCACCGCUCGUACUACAGUCCUUCUCAUCUCAGACGUCGAGGAGACGCUUAUUCCCAAGCUUGAUUUUAUCCAGAGCCUUGGGUUCUCGCGAAGGGAGACGGUAAACAUGGUUUUGAGGUUGCCGAGUCUGCUCACUUUUAGUGUUGAGAAGAAU